AUGGCCGCCAACGACGCCUUCGACGACCUGCUCAAUCUGGAGGAGGAGUUCUACUCGGAAGGCUAUGCACAGGGCGUGGCAGACGGCGACCGCGCAGGGCGCAUCGAGGGCCGCGCGUUCGGGAUCGAGAAGGGCUUCGAGAAGUUCGUCGAGGCGGGCAGGCUGCACGGCAAGUCCAUCGUCUGGGCCAACAGGCUGCCCCAGGCAAAACAGCAGCCACGGGGUGCGGCCGCUUCUCAGUCCUCUGCAACAUCGCCUCCGGGGGAUGACAAGCAGCAGGCGCUCCCUGUGCUGAGCGGCGGCGGCGCGAGGCUGGAGAAGAACAUCGUCACGCUGCACGCGCUCGUCGAGCCUGACACCCUGUCGACCGACAACACGGACGAUGCCGUCAACGACUUUGACGACCGGGUCAAGAGGGCGCAGGGCAAGGUGAGAGUCAUCGAGAGGCACGUUGGGGAGGACGCCGGCCUCAACGCUGCGGCCAAGGACGACAGUACCACCAAGGCUGCUGCUAGUGGUGAUCAGGCCUCGUCGUCGGCUGGUCCGCCAUCCAAGGAAGCCGUGAGCUUCUGA